CAGAGAUCCACACUUCACUCAUCCAGUGGGAACAAACAAACAAACCGCGGAGAGAGUGAGUAGCGAGGGGUUGUUUUAAGCUUUGCGCGAGGUUCGCUGGUGCGGGGGGCGUUUGAUGCAACAGAGAGGCGCCCAGGCCAACAAUCGCCGCUCCCGCGGCUUCUCCCGAUCCCGCCUCGCCGUCGAGGGAACCUAAACCCGCAACACACCCGAAACCACUUCCAACACAAACCAAAACAAACUUAAAGAGGAGAACUGCCUCCUGGUCCUCUGCUUGUAAAACGUUAGUCCGAGAAAGAGGAGGAGACGACGAUGGAAACCCCCGCCGUGAUCGCCGUCGUGGAGAAUGGGUUCGUUGGGGUGGAGAGGAAGGUGCAGAAGAGCUACUGGGAGGAGCACUCGAGGGACCUCACCGUGGAGUCCAUGAUGCUCGACUCCCGCGCCAAGGACCUCGACAAGGAGGAGCGACCCGAGGUGCUGUCCAUACUGCCGUCCUACGAGGGGAAGACGGUGCUGGAGCUCGGCGCCGGGAUCGGGCGCUUCACCGGGGAGCUGGCCAAGGAGGCCGGCCAUGUCCUGGCUCUCGACUUCAUCGACAGCGUCAUCAAGAAGAAUGAGGAGAUCAACGGGCACAUCCACAACAACAUCACCUUCAUGUGCGCCGACGUCACGUCGCCCGAGCUCAAGAUCGAGGACAACUCCAUCGACCUCGUCUUCUCCAACUGGCUGCUCAUGUACCUCUCCGAUGAGGAGGUUGAGAAGCUGAUAGGGAGGAUUGUGAAAUGGCUCAAGGUCGGUGGGCACAUAUUCAUCAGGGAGUCCUGCUUCCACCAGUCUGGAGAUUCCAAGAGGAAAGUGAACCCAACACACUACCGGGAGCCAAGGUUUUAUACCAAGAUAUUUAAAGAAUGCAGUUCCUAUGAUCAAGAAGGGAACUCUUUUGAGCUUUCCCUUGUAACUUCCAAGUGCAUUGGAGCUUAUGUGAAAAGCAAGAAAAACCAAAACCAGAUAUGCUGGCUAUGGGAAAAGGUUAAGUCAACAGAUGACAAGGGAUUUCAGAGAUUCUUGGACAAUGUGCAGUACAAAUCCAGCGGAAUCUUGCGUUAUGAACGUGUAUUUGGAGAGGGUUAUGUUAGCACUGGUGGAUUCGAAACCACAAAGGAGUUUGUGGACAAGCUGGAUCUUAAACCUGGCCAGAAGGUGCUUGAUGUUGGGUGUGGAAUUGGAGGAGGCGACUUUUACAUGUCCGAAACCUACGAUGUCCAUGUUCUCGGCAUCGAUCUUUCCAUUAACAUGGUUUCAUUUGCAAUCGAGCGAGCUAUCGGGCGCAAAUGCUCCGUCGAGUUCGAAGUUGCUGACUGCACAACAAAGGAAUACCCGGAGAACACAUUCGACGUCAUCUACAGCCGUGACACCAUCCUUCACAUUCAAGACAAACCUGCUUUGUUCAGGAACUUCUUCAAGUGGCUGAAACCUGGGGGCAAAGUCCUGAUCAGUGACUACUGCAGGAGCCCUGGGAAACCGUCAGAGGACUUUGCUGCAUACAUCAAGCAGAGAGGCUAUGACCUCCAUGAUGUGAAGACCUAUGGAAAGAUGCUUGAGAAUGCUGGCUUCCACGAUGUCAUCGCCGAAGACCGCACCGACCAGUUCCUGAGGGUUCUGGAGAGGGAGCUAGCUGAAACGGAGAAGAACAAAGAGGCCUUCUUGGCAGACUUCACCCAGGAGGACUACGACGACAUCGUGAACGGCUGGAGCGCGAAGCUGAAGCGCAGCUCCGCCGGCGAGCAGAAGUGGGGGCUGUUCAUUGCUACCAAGUGAUCAUAUCCCCGGCGGCGGCCGGAAGCAGAGCGGCGGGCUUCAGCUCAGAAUAAAUAAAGGAACAAUCGGUGCCACAGUAGUACUAUGUCGGUGUGUUUUGUGGUUGCAGUGGCUGGAUUGGGCGCCCGAUUUGUAAGAGAUUUACUAAUGGUGUACUGUUGAACUUUGUGAAUCUGUGAUGUGAUGCGCUACAUUUGCUUUGAUGUGGUGGGUGGGUUGAUCAUGA